CCGUGUGCCUUGUCCGUAUGACAAUUCACAGUAAGUGCCCUGUCAAAAUACUGCAUAUACGAUCUAUGGAAAGUUCCCUUGGCUAAUAUGAAUAUAUAAGUACGGUGUACGAAAAGGAUUUGGAAAACCACAUGAAGACGAAAUGCAAUUCACGUCCACGCGAGCCAGAGGUUUUUCACAGUUUAAAUAUCAAUUGCACUAUUCCACUUUCUGCCGAAGAACUGGAGUUUCAAAAGAAUAUCUUCUCGCACAAGCAUUUACAUGCUCAGCCAUGGAUCACGCGGGUGCAGUUGGCACAGCUUCCUCAACAGGAUUUAAGGACCCUGAUCGACGAGGUCAAGGAUAUCCAUGUACCGGAAAUUGAGCUAUCCAUGCUUAAGCAUGAUGCAGCUGAAAGCAAGAGAGAGGGUGUAAAACAAACGAAGCAUUUAGAUCAACAGUCGUCUUUGCUAGGUUAUAUGGCAAAGGAGGGCAUGCUGGACAAUAAGGAAGCGUCUUUUAUUGAAUUUGGUGCAGGAAAGGGAGAGCUUUCCAGCUAUGUCAAGCAGGCUGUUGCCGAAAUAAAUGGUGAAGCAACAUACGUUUUGAUUGAUCGAAAACUGGUACGCAACAAGACCGACAACACAUUGCUAGGCAAUUCACGCAACCGCUCUACCGUUCAACGCGUCACCAUCGAUAUUAAAGAUUUGGAUUUAUCAAAAGUCCAAGCACUUUCCGACAAGGAAACUGGCAAGCGGAAAAAAGUGGUCGCAUUAUCCAAACAUUUAUGUGGUAGUGCCACAGAUAUUACUUUGAAAUGCUUAAUGAACUAUGUUGAAAGCGAAAAGGCAGCUGGCAAUACUGACCCUAUCUCCGGCAUCAUUAUUGCGCUAUGUUGUCAUCAACUUUGUCGCUAUGAAAUGUACCCCAACACGGCGUACCUGAACGAGAAUGGAUUUGACAAGUUGGAUUUUGCUCGUUUGUGCAAAAUGAGCAGCUGGGCAAUCUGUGGUCUUCGGCAACCAGAUUGCAGCGGUAGUGGCGAUGAUCAAGAUGAACAUGCUACUACGGCUCAAGAAGCCGAGGAUGCUGAUCAAACGACUGGCCAUUACUCAGGGUUGGAUCAUUCAGAUAGAGAAAAGAUUGGUUAUCAAUGCAAACGAGCGAUCGAUAUGGGACGAGUGCGCUACUUGGAACAGUUUGGAUUUGACGUGAAAUUGGUUUACUACGUGGAUUCUGCAACUAGUUUAGAGAAUUGUGCUCUGAUAGCCACUCCCAAAAAGUAGAUUUUCUCCUUCACCCUUCAUUUCCCUUCCUUUAUCCUUCCACCCAAAACGACACAUCCCUUUUCGUCAUAAUGUCUUUUGUAAUCUUCAUUGUUGAAUAGCUUUAUUAUUAUUAUUAUUUCUUCAUCGAUCGAAUCGUGUUUGUGAGUCGUUUCAUGGUACCCUGCUACAAGUUUUGUAAACAAAAUAGCAAAUAAGCAUAAGUUCUGUACCGCUGUUGAACAUGAAAAUACACCUACUUCUUUUGAUUUUAUCCUUCUUUCUUUCUUUACAACGCUUUUAGGAAUGAUAUCAUAAUCAGGAGCCACAGCCUGAGGGAUAUGAACAUGAACCCGUCGUCGAGGGUCAUCACUAAGAAGAGUAAAAGAAGUCAACAAAAGCUAUCUCACUCACCAUUCGCAGCUAUAAAAUAACACGUACCCUCCUUCUC